GCUAACUUUGCUGGAUCCCAACAACAUAAUGAAUACUAGGAUGAUGGCAUCUACGAAACGUACAUAUUUGAGAUAAGAACAAAUGAAGGGAAAAGAAUACGUAAUGGCGAAGGGGACAGUAAUGGCGACGAGGUCCGCAUAAACAUUUCACGAAUGGAGACUUUGCAAGAACCCGUAUUGAAAUUCCGUUAUGCAAUAGAAACUCAAGAUCAUUCUCUAAAAGCAAAUGAAGAGCUGGUUGCAUCACGAGAUGUGUUAAAGAGACUCGAAAUCCCUCCACCUGAAGAAAAAUUCAUUGACUUGUCUGCGGACAUGCUAAAAAACUUUGUGUUUGUAACUGCGGCGAGUUCUAACCACUUCGAUGAAAGCUUAGAUUUGAUUGGUAGUAUCCAAGAAUUCAUGCCAGAAAGAGUAAUAUACUACUAUGACAUUGGUCUUAAAACAGGCCAAGUUGAAAUAUUGAAGAAAUUAUGUGGGGUGAAAUAUCGACUUUUGAAUUUUGAUGUGUACCCAGAGCACGUUGCUACUCUGUCGACGUAUGCUUUCAAGGCAAUAUCUAUCAAGGAAGUCAUGGGGGAGCACUCUGGUGUAUUCUGGGUAGAUACCUCUAUUCGUUUAAAAGGCAAUAAUACAGAGACAUUCUGGAAUAUACUUCAAGUGGGCAAUGGAAUGGUGUUUUUCGUAUCAGCUUUCGCCCAUUCAAACUUCGCAACGACUCGAGCGGAAAUGUAUGAUUUUCUCCCAACUGAUCAAGAGAAGAUGAAGGACCUGGGCUCAAUCGGAGCAGGUGCGAUGCUGCUUCACAACACUAACUUCGUUUAUGAACAUUAUAUAAAAUGGUGGGUGUUAUGUGCAUUGAAUAGGUACUGUAUUGCACCAGAUGGGUCGAGAAAAUUCUGCGACCAUUAUUACACAUAUGAGGAAAGAUAUCAUAUCUAUAGGAACUGCCACAGAUUUGAGCAAGCAGCUUUGAAUAUUUUAGUUUGUAAUGCAUUUAAUCACGACAAAAGUACAAUUUACACAUUACGCGCGAGAUAUUGGCUUUCCAUUAAAAGAUACAAGACUGUGAUGUUUAAACUUCAUCGUUGUGAAAGUAAGAUUACGUAAAACAUGCAUGUGGUUUUAACUUUUUUGUAAUAAAAUAAAUAACUUUGAAUUUCAG